UGGUCUUCAGGAAAGUCGCUGCUACGUCACGCCCCUGUGCCCAUUUUCGGAGGGGAACCCCGUCACAUCCUCUGCCCAUAUUUGGGCAAGAACCUUAUGUAGUCAGCACACGGCGGGGAAUCCUCCUGUCGACGUAGAUGAACAGGGGCGGAGUCUCGGUCGAGCAGAAUGGUAUAAAAGGGAGACGAGGGAUUCCGGUAAACGAAUCGACGGAGAUCAAAAUCUGGAGAUAGCCAAAGGAGUUCUGCUUUACUGGAACAGGAAAAGGAAAUCCCAAAACAUUACCUGAAGGAUUGCCAUUGCACAUAUUUCAAACGACAUUCCUUGUGGAUUUUGAUACAUAUUUGAUCCAUUUUACACCAUUUGUAAGAAGAAACCAUGCUGAACACAGUAGACUUCAGCGCGCUGGAUCUCCUCUGCGCUCAAACUGCUGCUAUGGAGGGACAAUCUAGCGUUCAGAUUCAGACAGAUGCUGCUUGCGGUUUGGUGAAGCCCAAAGUGGAACCAAUGGAUGCUGGUUUUCCAGAGUGCUCGAACGACGGGCUCCCACCAUCUCCACUGACCUACACAGGCAGUUUCUACACCGAGACAGGGCCGUGCAGCGCAGACGCCCUGCUUAACUUGCUUACAGAAAUCGUCGGAAUCUCCACGGCACCCAUUUCUGAGCUAAACACCGAAAACUUCUGCAGUGGAAACUCUCGUGGAAGCGCACUGACACGUCAGGAGUCGUUAUUAUCCACGGGAAGCUCAUUGGGUUCCCCUGAACCUUUCUGCAAUGAUUCCUCAGAUGAACUAAUGGACAGCUCCGUUGCGCAGCAGAGUUACCCCGUGACUGUUAAGAGUGAGUUUGGGAGCAGUUGUAACGGCUGUGAUAUUUUCGACUGCUUUACUGCUCCCGGCGGCUCUCAAACUUACGAACCCUCAGACCUGGACGACAUCAUUGAUUUGUUGUCUCCACUGGGUCCCGAGACAGACUCUAUUUUGGACACUUGGAUCAAGCAGGAACCCUUAGAUGAAGCAAGUCCACUAAUCUACUCCCCCAACCUCCAGAUUCCCGUUGCAGCACCCGCCUCCCUGGAAACCGGCCUCUACAGAGCCGUUUCAUUUCCCAACGCGUUUGGGCUCGGCUGCACUACCACAGCGUUGGCCGACGCUUUGGACUCUAUUUUCGCCGCCAACACGCUAGCUCAGAGGAGCCGAGCGCACGCAAGUAAAGCCGGGCGAUCCAGGAAGGGCGCGGCCCGCGAGAAGCCCUUCUCGUGCCCGAUGGAGAACUGCGACCGCCGCUUCUCUCGUUCCGACGAGCUUAACCGCCACGUCCGCAUCCACACCGGCCACAAGCCCUUCCAGUGCCGCGUCUGCCUGCGCUGCUUCAGCCGCAGCGAUCACCUCACAACGCACAUGCGCACCCACACAGGGGAGAAGCCGUUCUCUUGUGAUGUUUGCGGGCGUCGCUUUGCGCGCAGCGACGAGAGGAAGAGGCACGGACGCGUGCAUAUUAAACAACGCGAACGAAUGCAGCAGAAGACCGAGCUCCUGGCUGCGUGUGGGUUUACUCUGCCGGGACUUGUGUGAGCUCCAGGGUCGUUUAUUUGCUUUUCCACUUUGGGAAGUUUAUGGCUCAAGCCGUGCGCAUGCAGUUCAUGCGCGACAGCGCAUCAGUGAUGAGAAGAGGAGUCUUAACGGAACUGAUCUGGGUCGAGCACCACACUUGUGUUGAUGUGUGUUAAGAGCUUGGCAUGCAGCUACGAAGUCGAACUGAAAGAGAACGAUGAAUGGUCUGGAAAAGCCAGGUCGUUUACAGCACUUCUAGUGCGCGGCACCUGCGCUACAGUCGGAGCAAGAAAACAAGACUCAAACCUCAGAUCGUUGUUUAUGACAUAGGCUAAAUGAAAUGUCUUGCACGUCCUGGUCAGUAAAUGUGUAUGUGUCUUACACUUCUAUACCACACUGGCAUGCAAAUGUGAUCUUUGAACUUGUUGUAUUUUGAUACAUCACUUUGUAAUCAUAAAAAGAGAACUAUAUUUGUAUAUUACUAAUUGUAAUUUUGUAUUUGUCAAUUUUCAAGAGAAUACGAAAAAUCUAUCUUAUAGAUUUUCAUAAGUGAUUGUAUUCCACUUUUGACAGUAGAAUGUGUCUGAUUGGUUCUUGGGAACCUGACGCGAUAGAUUAUUAAAAAAACUUCAACAUAGUAGUUGAGUUGCAGUAGCACACUUACACGUGCAGUUAACCCCCGGUUGCCGGGGUCGUUUUGACAUGUCUAUUUGCCUUUGGAAGUUGUUCUUGUGCAAUGAAAAGCUGUUAAACGCCUUGUGAAUAGGCUAUGAAUGUUUUAAAUAAAACUUUAUUUAUUGACAUGA